AUGGACGCCUCAACCUUUCCCAUCAUGCUAAACCUUACCUCUCAAAUUCCGUUACCACUUCCACCAGACCACAAGUUAUUCUUCAAACACGGUCCGAGUCACGCCCCUGCAGCCAUCCCAGGCCUUGCGCACAAUCUUACGAAUCCCUCACUGCUCAAGACGUUCGCCAGGGAGAUGAACGGACCAACGCUUAAGAAGGAACCCUCGCUCCUGGAGAAGCAUUUCCAAGAGCAACAACAGCAACGCUUAAAUCUGAAGAAAAAGAACGAGGAGCAAGCGGAAAAAGAGCAACAACAAAAAGAGUCACAACCAGAACCGCAACAGCAAACGCAACCGCAACACCCGCCAUCAUCACAACAAUCUGCUAGGUCCUCAUCUACACCGUCUGCCAGUGAGUCCAGCGCAGACACUAAAGUUCCUCCGCCAUCCGCGUCACCAAACACCCCAAACCAACCUGUAUUUGACCUCGCCGGCGAUCAUCCAGCCUUCGCCGACCCCAAGUACGUACAGAUGGUCUCCCGGAUGGCAGCCUUCUACCAGCAGAGAUGCCAGGCGAUUCUCAACUACCAGCAACAAAGAUGUCAGACAUGGGCUACCGGCCACAGGCAGAAAUGCCAGGAGAUGAUGCAAUCCGCCAUGCUUGUCGUGGCAUGGUACAUCCGGGACCGGAUUGGGCGGAGGAGGCGCAAGAGUAAGCGGGCUUUCCGCCGUGGUCUGCGCGAGAAGAAUACUGCUGCUGCCAUGAGGCGAUUGCCCAAGGGCGAGAUUGUCCGCAAGUGGGUCAUGAACAUCCCCGAUGCCGCGCUGUCGCCCAACAACGGCAUGAGGGACGAUGCGAACCUGGACAUGGAAGAGAGAGAAUUCGAUAUUGAGAAGGAAGUCACCCCCGACAAGGACAGCCAGCUCUUUUCUGUCGCGGACCAGAUGAUCAAGUCUCAGCUGGCCAAGAUCGACAUCCCUCUUUUGGGGGCACUAAACCUAGACGACAGCGACAGUGAGAGUGACGACGACGACGACGUGGGACGCUUCUGUUAUGCGCCCGAGGACUACGAAAUGGAGGAUGACGGGGAGGACGAUGGAGAAUAUGACGAUGACGACAUCGAUUAUGAAGACGAGACUCAGGACCCGUCUGAGGACGAGAUCUCCCAGGAGGCGCUGAACGGGACCGGCAAAGGGUCGUUGAAGAGAAAGCGCAGCGACAGUGACAGUGACAUGGAACAACUUGAGGUGACCGUACCAGAACCAAAGCGCCGUCUCGCAAUCUAA